AUUCCCGUGGGUACACACUGUAGUGGUAGUUGUCUCCCCUGAAGACAUUCCCUGGGUGGAGGAACAAUUAAAGAAGAACAACUUGACUCGAGUCAGGGUGGUAGCGGGGGCGAAGACACGACACAGAUCUAUUUAUAACGGGGUCAAGGCCCUCAGAGACGUGUAUACAGGAGAUGCUGUAGUCCUGAUUCAUGACAUUGUACGAGUCCUAGCAGAGGAGUCGGUCAUAAAGGAUGUGGCUUUUGCAGCCAAACAGCAUGGUGCCGCUGGUAUUACCCGACCUUUGACCUCUACAGUGAUAGCGAGGGACAGUGAGGGAUUUCUGUCAGAAUCUCUAGACAGAACUAAAUACCUGGCCAGUGAGAUGCCCCAGGGAUUCCAAUUUAAUAUCAUCAACACCGCUUAUGAAAAGGUAACAUACAGAAAAGAUUUAUUUGCAGCAGAGGGGAUAUUAAGAGAAAAUCUAUCAUCCAUUUUCAUUGAGGAGGGAUUCACAAAUGAAAGAGAGAAUAUCAUGAGUUUCAUCACAGAAGGAAAUCUAAAGGUGUCCUCAGAAAAAUCUCCAAGCUGCUCUGAUUCUGGGUUUGUCUUUUUUGUGUCACCUCAGAGAUUGGAAUCAGACAUAGCAUCCAAGAUUGAUAACAUCUCAGUAACAAUGACCAAAAUUACGUCACAUCAGCAUGAAAAUUACUCUGAAUGUAAUAACUCAAGACCUAAAUUUACAAAGAAAGAAGAUUGUGAUUCUGACAUUGUGAUUAAGAGAGGGAAUACUGUGUCGCUUCUUAAGAACCAAGAUCAGGGAAUGAAUGGACAGGUUCUGUAUGUGACAUGA